UUGUCCGAGAGAUAAACAGAGUCACUUGCUACACAACAUGGCUUGUUUCCUCUCCUUCGUCGCUGAUAUUUCCUACAAAUAUGGACAAGAAGCAGCUGCUCGCGGAGUAAAACUCGUCUCUUUUUGCGGAAUCGAUUCACUCCCGAGUGACUUGGCGGUGGCUCUCAUUCAGCGAGAGGCCCUGCGUCGUCGAAAAAUGCCUUGUCAUGAGAUCAAGACUGCUGUCACAGAUUGCUUUGGAGGCUUUUCUGGAAGCGCGGUGGUGGGACUAGGACAACUGUUUGAGGAAGGUGCAGUGUUUGAUCCGUUUUUCUUGGUAAAAUAUGCGGCGGCAUCCCCACCCAGUCACGUGACGCUAAAUUGUGGUUUGUUGACUCUGCGCGGUGUGUCUAACUUGUCUCAUGA